CGCCCGUUUCGUCUUCAUAAGACUCAUCAGUGACGCUGAUAUCAACACAUUUAAAAAGCCAAAAUAAGUACAAAGUUGAAGAGCAUUGAGGACCCAACAAUUCGAAUGCCUUUUUAUUUUUUAUAGCUACAGGGAUUUUUUUGUUUAAAUGGUAAAAAUUUACGAAUUCAUAAAAAUUACAAGCGUAAUACUUUACAGAACUGUUAUUGCCCCACUUUUGGUUCGACAUAACGAGAUAUGGUCAAACUUCUGGGGCGCUCUAAGUAACGACGGAUAUUACGAAAGAUCUGAUGACUACAUAGACAUAGUAGAAUAUGUAAAAAAGGGAUUAUGGAACGUGCCACACAUAACUAGUGCUUAUUUGAUAAAUGGUUCGUGUAUAGACCAAUUACAAGACAUAUAUGUUGGGGAAAUAGAGUUGUCUUUUGAAAUGAAUUUUGCCAAGAAUUUGAGAUAUAAGGGCAUUUUUAUGUAUAUAACUAAUAUCAAGAACUCGGGUUAUUUGGUGAAUAAUGAGAAUUUUGACAUAUCACAUAUUCACAAUGACCUGUGGCAGAUAUUUGACAAUGAAUACAAUUGGAGAAAACGUUAUAUACAUAUAAACUAUUCACAAAGCUUGGAACCUGAUGCAGUAACUGACAUGCCUUGUAACGAUGUUGUACGGUUUCCGGUGUUCACAGAACUGUUUUGCGAUCAUCUUGUUGAGGAAAUGGAAAACAGUGGACAAUGGUCUGCUGGCAAAAACAAGGAUGAUAGAAUCUCAGGCGGAUAUGAGAAUGUACCUACUGUCGAUAUUCAUAUGAACCAGAUAGGUUUUGAGGAUGUAUGGUUACAGUUUAUUAGAUUGUAUGCUCGUCCAUUACAACGAAAGGUCUUCAUAGGAUACAAAGGUGAGGACACGUCUCUAAUGAAUUUUGUUGUUCGCUAUAAACCAACCGAACAACCGCUUUUGAAACCACAUCACGAUGCAUCGACAUGGUCUAUCAAUGUCGCCCUAAAUCGCAUUGGUGUUGAUUUUACAGGUGGUGGAACACGAUUUGUCCGGCAGAACUGUUCUGUUACAGAUGCUAAGAAAGGAUGGAUGCUAAUACAUCCUGGACGACUUACCCAUUAUCACGAAGGCUUGAAAGUUACUUCUGGAACACGAUAUAUUGCUGUAUCCUUUGUCGAUCCAUAGAAUAAAACGAACAACAUUAUAAUAGUUUGUUUUGUAAUGUAUUUCAGUUGAUUCAGUCGGUCUUGAGAAGAGAAUUUCGAUUGAAUUAUUUUCCUGUUAAAAUAUCGGUGCUAAUUUUCAUUUGAAAAUAAAGGCCAUGUUUGUAGACGAAUUGACACUAGAAACAGCACUCAGAAUUUCAC